UAGCAUGCUAGUUUGGUAAAAUCACGAGGUGCAGAAUCGUCCAAUAUGAACAGAAUUCCUACGAUAGUGGACUGGUCCACAUAGAGAGGACAAUGAGCUCCCGGGUGUCCAGAGAGACAAUGAUCAGCACACCUAGUCAUUAACUAUCACUUGUGAAGUAUCAGCACUGUUGCUAUGGAGACCUACAGUUUAUCAUACCUUGAGCUCUGAUUUAGCAAUGUGCUUGAACUGUUACAGAUGCCCCCGUUUACUGUUUUAAUGGACCAACUAUUCAGAAACCACUAUUGUCUCUGAGCUUGCAAUAAGGCAGAAAGCAGGCGAGGCGAUCUGAGCCUCAGUGACGAAUUUAUGCCCAUGUGUUCAGUCUGUAUGUGUAAAAGUCUCAUCCACUGAGUCAUCCAGGCAGUCAGAUAGGGCAGAGAGGAGUGUGUGUGUGUGUGUGUGUGUGUGUGAGUCAGCUGGUAUUUAACACCACACCCAGUCCCGUCCCGGACCAUAAAGGAGCUGCUGCUGCUGCUCGCUGCCUCACUGCUGCUGCUUCUCUGAAGAUCGACUAACAUGGCGCUGGUGUCUGAGUUCCUGGGCCAGCUGACGCUGUCGUACGGAGCGGAGGCGGAGCCCACAUUCCCCACCGUGGUGCCGGUACGAGACUUCGACCCGGCCAAAGACGCUGCCAGGAUCGAGACGGCCAUCAAAACUAAAGGUGUAGACGAACAGACCAUCAUCGACAUCCUGACCAGACGCAGCUACGAGCAGCGGAGAGAGAUUGCCUUCGAAUAUGAACGGCUCGCCAAGAAGGAUCUGGUCACAGCCCUGAAGGGGGCGCUGUCCGGCUCUCUGGAGGCUCUGAUGUUGGGUCUGAUGAAGAGCACUGCUCAGUACGACGCCUCCGAGCUCAAAGCCUCCAUGAAGGGACUGGGAACAGACGAGGAGACCCUCAUUGAGAUCGUCUGCUCCAGAAACAAUGAAGAACUGGUGGAGAUCAAGAGGGUUUACAAAGAGACGUUUAAGAAGGACUUGGAGAAAGACGUAGCAGGAGACACAUCAGGAGAUUUCGCCAAACUGCUGCUGGCUCUGGUUCAGACAAAGAGAGAUGAACCCUCUAAUGUGGUUGACUAUGAGAAGAUUGACGAAGACGCCAGGUCUCUGUAUGAAGCCGGGGUGAAGAGGAAGGGAACCGACGUGGCGACCUGGAUCGCCAUCAUGGCUCAGAGGAGCGUCCCCCACCUGCAGAAAGUGUUUGAGAGGUAUAAGAGCUACAGUCCGUACGACAUGAAGGAGAGCAUCAGGAAGGAGGUGAAGGGAGAUCUGGAGAAGUCCUUCCUCACUCUGGUGGAGUGCUUUGAAAACAGGCAGCUGUACUUCGCCAACAGACUCAGUGAAGCCAUGAAGAGUAAAGGAGCGAAGGAGAAGGUGGUGACCAGGAUCAUGGUUUCUCGCUGUGAAGUCGACCUGAUGAAGAUCAGAACAGAGUUCAAGAAGCAGCACAAAAGAUCCCUGUACCAGACCAUCGCUGAGCACACUAAAGGAGACUACCAGAAGGCUCUGCUCAGUCUGUGUGGAGGAGACGACUGAGGCCUCAACUCUGUCUGGACUCAGUUUCCCAGAAGGCCGUUGGGUUUGAAAUGUCAGCUGACUGCAGAUCUUCUUACAGUAUUAGAGCCUUUUUGUAUUUACUUCCAUAUCAAACAGCUCAUGUCACCUCCAUCUCUCGGAGCAGCUUCAGUUUGUGAAAUAAAAACUUUUCAGCUGUU